AUGGCAUCGUCAGUGGCGGUUGCGGGCGUCCCGGUGCAAUUUCACGAUUACUUGUUGUAUUCAAUUGACAAUGAGAAACCGCCAAUACCAGACUUAUCCAAAUAUCGAACCUUGCAUGAGAAAAGCAUUUCUUCUGUAUCUCAAAGAACUCUCGAAGUAUAUACUAGCUCACCACCGGAAGGGUCCCAUCUGGCUGAUGGAGACUGUUACCCACGACUAGAUUCGCCAACGUUAUCUACAAAAGUCAUCCGGCGUCGAUCCAAAAGUGUCACCUCUUUACUCACAUUGAGAGGAGAACGGCGGCGUAUCAUCUCGCCGCCACUCCCAACAUCACCGCCUCCGACCACUGUUUCAGUCGGCACUCGUGGGGCAGAGUUUUUCAAGGGUCUGGCGGAGAGCUUGGCUGGGGUGAUUGGCAGUCUCUCUCCACGAAUUGCGGUGGGAGCAGUUGACACCGACAAGAAAAGUACAAGACACCGCCAAGAUUCCUUGUCAUCUGGGCCUUCAGUCGUCCAGUCGCCAGCUCCGUCGGUGUUGGUGUCACCAUAUGGACAAAGCUUUGCUCGCGCAUCAAGUAAUUUAAAUUUAGCGCCAGACUCUCAAACCGCGCCGUCGCCCGCUGUCCCGUCUGGCCCCAGUACACCCCUGGCCAGUCCGUCAUAUGUCCUAUUGCCAAAAACCACAAACAUCCCACUACCAUCGCUUUCAUCCUUAGCUUCCAAACCUCUACCUCUGCGAUCGCCAACUCUAAACCACGACUACAUACACAAUCUUGCGCACUCAACUAGUCGUGAUCGUAGUGCUAGCCGAAGCCCUAGUCGCAGUCGCAGUCGUCCCCGAGGCCUUGACUCUUUCAAACACCGUCCAUCAACCUCUAUUUUCGACCUCCCAGCGCCAGAGUCGCCUAUACUCCGUACAGUACCGUCCGCCAGUGACAUUGCACGGUUCAAACAUCGCAAUCUCCUUGCUUUACGCAUAAAUACUGAAGCUGCUGAGAACGCUGCAAAACUUGAACGAGAAGAACUUGAGCGACAAGAACAAGAAGCCGAACGUGUGGCUAAGGUAGUUGCCCGUCUUGAGGCUGAGAACGAUCGCAUCGUCGCUGAGCAGAAGAAGCGUGACCCUGCGCGCCUAUACGCACCACCUCCAACCCCUUCUCCAAGAUUUCCACGAUUAUUUGUCCUUGACAAGCUUCCUUUCCUCUACCUCACCCGGCGGUCGAAUGCUGUAGCAAGCCAGCCCGGCACGCCAAGUCCUGGGGCACCGACCAUCUCUUCUUUGGAUUUCAGCUGUCCCAACAGUCCUGAGGAAUCUUCUUCACCAGAAAAAAUGAGCUUUAUAGCGCAAGGAGGCAAAGGCAUAGUGCCGGGCACUGAUGCACCAGCUUCUGCCAUCAAUGGAGGUGAAAGGCGUGUUUGUGUACGAUGCCUCUCUUCAGUGAUCAAUUUACCCGUCAAUGUCGACACUUCUCCUGUAGAUAUUAUCUAUUCGACUGCCAACUUGACAAGUCAUGAUAUUGACCCCAAGGCCAGCAUUCUGAUCGAAUGCUAUGUCGAGCUGGGUCUCGAGCGACGUCUUCGCCGUUACGAGCGCAUCCGCGAUGUCAUGAAUUCAUGGGAUCGUGACCAGCAGAACUCACUCCUGGUUGUUACCAAUGAUAUUUCGCAAAGCGAUGAUCCCGAUCUUGACAUCAAAUCGGUACCGCGGUCUCCAACGCCUCCUCCUGGCUUCACUUUGCAAAUGUACCAUUCAUCAAGACCGGGAAAAUGGAACAAACGAUGGAUCACUCUGCUAGAAUCCGGUCAGAUGUAUGCUUCAAAGAAGCCUGACUCAAAGGCUUCAGACAAGGAUAGUACUGUUCUGUGUCAUCUGUCAGAUUUUGAUAUUUACACACCAAGGGAAAGCGAGGCCAGACGUCAUUUAAAAGCACCGCGACGUUUCUGUUAUGCCGUAAAAAGCCAGCAGAAGACCUUCGUGUUUCCCAAUGGCGAAAACUUUGUCCACUUCUUCUGUACCGAGGAUGGACAACUUGCCAGGCGCUUCUUGGAGCUUGUGCAACGCUGGCGAAGUUGGUACUUGGUCAACAAGCAAGUCGACUUUGAAAAGAAAGACAAAAAGGACAAGGCAUCUCAAAUUUCUAUGGGCUUCGGCAACAGCACAACUCCAAAGGCCAUGUCCAGAUCCAAGAGUACGGCUGCCAAAGGACAUAGCACCCAAGUCUCUGUCGAUGAGACUCCAUACACAAUAGGCGCUUUCCAGCCACUCCUCGAUAUGGACCGAUUUGACAAGCCUCUAGAGGAGUUUGGUAAGGAUCUGGACCAGAACAAAAAUGAGCCUGACUCCGACCCUGAGUUCAAGACUGGGCUCGUUCGCAAAGCCACUUGCAAACAAUCAAAUGCGUUGUCCAAAUCCAAAUCGGUACAUAACAAGCACAGGUCACCACCAGUUGAUGAAAAACAGUUUUCGUCAACUGGACUAUUGGGUCAAGGCUAUGAGGAGAAACGCAAAAUAGCAGAACGAACACCUGUGGUCAGUCCCACCACUACGAACUCCGCUUUCACGAAGGGGGCGUCGCUGCUGGGCCAGGGUUACGAGCAGAAGCGCAAGGUUCAUGAGAAGACGCCAGUCGACAAUAGUUACAUUUCGACGAACGCAGCUUUCACAGAGGGACCCUCUUUGUUGAACGGUGGCGUGCUCUCACCUACAGCCCCUAAGGAAACCUCGACAGACUCGAAGUCGUGGUUUCCUGUAGGUACAGACCAAUCUGCUCGGCCAAGCCACCGCAGUAAAUCCCUUCGGGAUACGAAUCGACGACCAAUGGCUGAAAAGGUUCCCGACAUCCCACAGCCGUUGGUAAACCUGACCAGCAGUUUCCCAGAACCACCUCGUUGGCGUGAAAAGAAUAAGGGUCAUGGUAUCAAGGCCCCGACGGGUGGCCCUCUGAUUAGCCUUGCCACAGGUGGUCAAAACAAUAAUAUGUUCAACACCCGCAGCACUUCUGGUGGUCUUAUCAACCAGCCUCGUAUUCCUUCAUCAUCCUCUACCAUGAGUAUGGGCAGCCGCCCUCGGAGCCGGUCCACUGCAGGAAUACAGCCGCCACCAAGCCAUGCUCCUCCUGUCCCCCCUGUGCCAAUCCGCUCUUUACGCCGAGAGAUGACGGCGCCGAUCGACCAGUCCCGUGGCCGUGAUCCUCGUCCGCGGGGGCCGUUGAUCGACCGCGCUGGGACAGUUGGUCAGCCAUCAAGAAUAUAA